UUACAAGGCAAUUUUUGCGGUGGCACUGGCGAGAAGCGUCUUUGUUUUCCGACUUCAUGUAGAUUCUUUUGACGUUUGUUCAUGAUCUCUCAUCAGUAAAAUGCAGCACUGCAGCCUUGCUUUCCUGAUGUAAAUAAUGAAUUGGGAAUCCCAGUAAAAGGAAAAGGAACAAUCAAUCAGCUAUGGCAGUUACUGUUGGGAUAGACCAGCAACUCCAAGAGAUGCUUGCAGAUGUGUUGAGAACAACUGCAAUUGAGGAAGCGUUUGCAGGGUUUGUUUGCACACAGGACUCUGAGAAAAACAAGAUAAUUGUUUGCUUUGAAAAUUUCAUGCGUUUUUGGUCAACAGUUCCUGCUGAGUCUCAAGAACGCAUGCUGAAGCAAUAUGUGAAUCACAUUCACACUCUGACAUCCCAUCAAAGAAUCAGAAUCCUUUGUGAUAUCCUUGCUACAGCUGUUGAUAAAGGGAUCAUUCCAGCAAAGCUAGUGUGUGAAGCAUUGCUUACUUCAAAAGCUCUGGACUACAAAUCUUCCUAUAUGUGGUGCCAGUCAUUUCACAUCAUACAGAAGAUUAUCAAUAACACAGACUACAAGGGAUGUCGUGAUGUUCUACGUCUCAUCCUAGAGAUCAUUAAGGACAUUCCUAAGAGUGUUAAUGUAUCAACAGGCAGGCAGUUGGAUGCAGUCACCAAGGUUGUACUCCAUAUAAUAGACCGUAAUAACUGUCUGCUACCGGCUUACUUUGCUGUAACUGAGAUGCUUAAAUUGUUUCCUGAGAAUGGACCAGCCAUACAUUGGGCCAUUGGCGAGGAACUUGCAAACUAUGUGGACUCCUUCAAACCUGUUGCUAAUCUUAUCACAGUUACAGGGCGGAGUCUUUUACUACCUGUAAUUGGUCAUUUCAACAAUACCAGUAAUUCUUGGAGAUUGGAUCCAGUUACGCUUGCUUUCCCCACUAGAGGGCUCCUUCCAUUUGAACCGGAGACUGUUAAACCUCAGACUGAUCUGCUACGCUAUGUAUUAAAGCAACCCUAUUCAAGGGAUAUGAUCUGCACGAUUCUAGCACUCAAUAAAGGGCAAAAACAGAAGAGUUUACCUCUUGAGGAAGAGAUUGCCAAUUUGCUGAUCAUAGCGAUGGAGAAGGCGGAGCAACAAGAUGGCAACCAAUCAUCCUGGCCAAUGGCACCCUGGCAACACCUUUCUACACAACUCAUUAUCUUUGCCCUCUUCCAGUUUGUUAGUUUUCCUAGUAUGGUAGAGUCACUGCAUCAGAAGCUGAGUGGACGUAACCUUAGAAAAGGACGUGAUCGUCUGAUGUGGGUUCUUCUUCAGUUCAUCUCUGGUAGUAUUAAGAAAGCUCCGCUGACUGAUUUCCUACCUGUACUUAGCCUUGCUGAUCUGCUCUACCCUGAGAAGAAGGGUCUUCCUGUACCAGAUAUUAACCAAUCCAUGUGUACACAUGUCUUCUCAAUGGCUUGUAUCUGGAAUCAUCUAGACCAUAAGAAAGAGAAGGAGAAAGACAAAGAGAAAUCUGCAUUACAAAGGCCACCCCCACCGGCUAUCAAGACGCAUCUUGAAUACUUGCAACAGACGUACAAAACUCAACAUCUCCCUUUAUCAGACUACAGGAUAGCAUUGCAAUUUAACGCAUAUUCCACUGUGGAUGAGAUGUUGACCAGACCUCUUCAAACCCUUGUGGAUUAUAUUUACUGUACUAAUGCUAACUCCACUGUCCCUUUACCUGGACCGGCUACUUGUGUGGCUGUAGGAUUGACCGUUCCCAUUCCACUCUCACUCCUAGAUUCACUGACCGUUCAUGCAAAGAUGAGUGUAAUCCAUCUGAUUGUUAACAAGAUUCUACAAUGGCACAAACACCCAGGUACAGCCCUGUCACCAGCUCUUGUAGAAACAUACAGUCGUCUACUGGCUUACAUUGAGAUUGAAUCUCUUGGAAUCAAAGGAUUCACUUGUAGCGUAUUUCCAAAGGUAUGCGAAGUAAGAGCAUGGGGUAUCCUGAACACUCUACUUGAAUUGCUGAGCUAUCGUCUCCAUCACAUCCAACCUCACUUUAGAGUUCAGCUUCUAUGUAAUCUACAUAACCUAAGCACACUACCGCAAACCAAUCAUAAUCAACUCUUCUACUGCAUUGAGAGUACAGCCCUACGUAUUAUAUCAAGUCUAGGAAGUGCUGAGGUUCAGCCACAGCUCUCACGGUUUCUCAAACAACCAAAGCAGUUAUUAUCACAAGAAUCAGAGGAAUUGAACAGGGCAGUGGUCCUAACAUUAGCCAGAGCUAUGCAUGUCACAGGUUCUGAGACAUUGAGUGGUAGCUGGUGUACUGAUAUCCUAUCAACGCUAAUCAGUAACACACCUCAUAGCUGGGCCAGUCACACUCUCAAGUGCUUCCCAUCAGCUCUUCAGUCAUUCUUUGAGAAGAACAACAUGCCAACAGAGAUGAGAGGACUCAAGAGGGCUAUAGAAGAUGAAUAUAAGAGAUGGACUAGUGUGAUCUCUGAAGCAGAUAGGAUUCGUCAUUUCUCCAAUCCCAGCACACCCCCAUACUUCCUGUGUAUUAUUUGGAAGAUGCUACUCGUCAUGGAUACGGAAUGUAUCUCACCAACCGUUGUUAAGGUGCUGGAGUUAAUAGGACCUCGAGGGUUAUCUAGGCAUAUUAGAACCUUUGCAGACUAUUUAGUUUGUGAAUUCUCAACAUCAGCAGGUGGACAGCAUGUUAACAUGUGUGUUGAGAAGUUAAAUGCAAUGGUAUGGAAACUGAAUAUCAUCACCCUCGAUAGACUAGUUCUUAGUUUGGCUUUGAGAAGUCACGAAGGAAAUGAGGCUCAGGUGGGAUUCUUCAUCAUCCAGCUCUUAAUCCUCAAACCAAAUGAGUUUAGGACCAGAGUUAGUGACUUUGUGAAAGAAAAUUCACCUGAACAUUGGACACAGUCUGACUGGCACAGCAAGCACAUGGCCUACCAUAGGAAAUAUCCUGAGAAGUUUUUCUUUGAAGGUUUGUGUGAGGAGACUGGUGCCACACUACAAACUACCCCUCAGUAUCUGCCAGUUUACUUCAGUAAUGUGUGCCUGAGAUUCUUGCCUGUAUUUGAUAUCCUGAUUCAUCGUUUCCUGGAGCUACCUCCUGUCACUAAGUCUUUAGAAACCAUCCUGGAACAUCUAGGUGGUCUAUUCAAAUUCCAUGACCGUCCAGUGACGUACCUUUUCAACACUCUUCAUUACUAUGAGAAGAAGCUUAGAGAAAGACCAGGAUUGAGAAGAAAACUUGUUGGUGUUAUCAUUGGAGCUCAGAAAGGAAUCAGACCAAAUAACUGGUGUUUGACCCAGGCUUAUCAAGACUUCCUUGCUAAAGGACCAGAAGAUCUUGUAUGGACACCAGACCAUGAGUAUUACAUCACUGUCAUCAAGAGACUUGUAGACACUCUAUUGGACAAGUCUCCAUUCCCAGUGUUUGAUUGGAGAUUCAAUGAGUUUCCUAACAUCUCAGCUCAUGCAUUACACUGUGUAUGUGUUGAACUAAUGGCUUUAGCCAUCAACCCUAAGGUUGUGGGAGAUGCUGUACUGGACGUUGUUCUUAAGAACCCUUCUGAGCUCCCUCGUGAGAAUGUAAUGAUAUGGAUCAAUGCUAUUGCCCUCAUCUUAACUUCUCUACCAGAAACAUACCGUGAGAUGAUCCAGACAAGGAUAGUAGAGGUCAUCUGCAGGGAACCUUUGGCAGGGUCAAAGGUCAACCCUAUGACCCCAAGGUCAAACCUGAAUCACAUGUUUGCUGAGUUCAGCUUUGCUUCAGCCCAUCCUCUGUAUAUGGAGGGAGAGAGUGCUUAUGUCAUUGCAAUCACACAUGCUAUCUGGCAUCACUCUAACAUUGGCCAACUGACACCAUUGCCUCAGUUCCUAAGAGAACAAGUGAAGCCUCAUGUGAAGACCGAGGAUCAAUUUCUCUUCAUAUGUCAUAUCAUUGGACCAUUCCUUCAGAGAUUCCAUGAAGAGAGAACUAGAUGCUUGUUAGAGAUUGCGAUAGAGCUGUAUGAUAUGUUACAGAGUGUUGACAGACAUAGUAAUCACAUCUUGCAUUCUGAUACCAUCUGUGAUUUCUUCUAUCAUUUGAAAUACAUGUUCACUGGUGAUGCAGUCAAGGCAGAUGCUGAGAAGGUGAUAAGGGGCUUGAAACCACCUCUUAGAACCAAGAUGAGAUUUAUCAGCAAGGGAGUUGAGAGUCUAGCAGUCAGUGCAAGACCAGCACCAUACAGCAUCAACGCUCUCUAAUGGGUUCAGAGUCUAGCAGUCAGUUCAAGACCAGCACCAUACAGCAUCAAUGCUCUCUAAUGGGUUCAGAGUCUAGCCGUCAGCUCACGACCAGCACCAUACAGUAUCAAUGCUCUCUAAUGGGUUCAGAGUCUAGCCGUCAGCUCACGACCAGCACCAUACAGUAUCAAUGCUCUCUAAUGGGUUCAGAGUCUAGCUGUCAGCUCACGACCAGCACCAUACAGCAUCAAUGCUCUCUAAUUGGUUCAGACUAGCAGUCAGUUCAAGACCAGCACCAUACAGCAUCAACGCUUUCUAAUGGGUUCAGAGUCUAGCCGUCAGUUCAAGACCAGCACCAUACAGCAUCAACGCUCUUUAAUGGGUUCAGAGUCUAGCCAUCAGCACCAUACAGCAUCAACGCUUUCUAAUGGGUUCAGAGUCUAGCCGUCAGUUCAAGACCAGCACCAUACAGCAUCAACGCUUUCUAAUGGGUUCAGAGUCUAGCCGUCAGCACCAUACAGCAUCAACGCUUUCUAAUGGGUUCAGAGUCUAGCCGUCAGCACCAUACAGCAUCAAUGCUCUCUGAUGGGUUCAGAGUCUAGCUGUCAGCACCAUACAGCAUCAAUGCUCUCUAAUGGGUUCAGAGUCUAGCCAUCAGCACCAUACAGCAUCAACGCUUUCUAAUGGGUUCAGAGUCUAGCCGUCAGUUCAAGACCAGCACCAUACAGCAUCAACGCUUUCUAAUGGGUUCAGAGUCUAGCCGUCAGCACCAUACAGCAUCAACGCUUUCUAAUGGGUUCAGAGUCUAGCCGUCAGCACCAUACAGCAUCAAUGCUCUCUGAUGGGUUCAGAGUCUAGCUGUCAGCACCAUACAGCAUCAAUGCUCUCUAAUGGGUUCAGAGUCUAGCCGUCAGCACCAUACAGAAUCAACGCUCUCUAAUGAAACCAUCCCCAGAACCAAGAUGAGAUUUAUUAAUCAGUUGCAAGUCUAUUUGUGUCCCCAAAUCAAUAAUAUAUCUCGCUACAGUUUUCAGUGAAUUUGAUAGACUGUUUGUUUCAUCAAAUGGUGACUAGUUCUGCAUUGUAUAUCAAUGAUGUGUAAUGAUUAUCAAGGAUUGUAUUUGUCUGAGAUUCAGUUCCCUUGAGCUAAAUUACUCUUAUUCUAAGUUAUUGGCUAAGCAGCCAAUCAAAACCAAGGAAUCCAUGGAAAUUUCUAUUGAUUAGCAAAGUUAUGAUAAAAGGGUUGCAAGACAUCUGCUCUGGUCUUGAUAUUGCAGAGGGCAAAGGGUUAGUGUUGGAUUGUAAUAGAGUUUUCAUUUCAAAAUUAUUCAUUAUAAAUACUAGGCUUAGGGUUCAUUAGUUUGGGAUGUUACUUUUUGUCUCGCCUGCAUCGCAGAGCAAGACUUUAGGCGCUGCUUUUCUGAAGGCAGUGGUGGCGGUGUCAACAUCAAAUCUUAACCUAAGGUUAAGUUUUUGAAAAGACAUCAUAACUUAGAAAGUAUAUUGACCU